GGAAGACCCCCAAGAGGCCCCUACACUCAGGCGAGAUCGUGCCGUGUUCUCCCGCCAACCGCAGGUGGGUCAUGUUACGUUUGCGUUUGUCGCCACGGCGGCGGGUUGCUGGUCUUUUUGGUUUGCCCGCUUCUGGCGACCCUGGGGCCCUGAGGACGGCCCCCUGGGAGCCGAAAUCGUGCCCGAAACGUCGUUGUCGUUUCUGCCGCCGCCGCAAGUUUAGCUCAUGCCGGUCUGGCUCAGGGAGGCCUCGCUUCCUUCAGGUGAGAAGGCGCAUUCAUGUGACCUGCUGACAGCAGGCGGGCGCGAAUCUGACCAGCAUGUCGAAGACUCCCAUGACUCUGCCGAGAAGGCUUGGAUUGUUAUUCGAAUUGCCCACGCUUUGUAUCAUUAUCGUGACCAUGGUUGCACUUUCUUUGCCACUGGUGGUUGCCCUGCGAGGCUGGCAGGGAUGGAGCCAGACGAUUGCCAGUCCAUCGGUCACCAGGCGCGUAGCGGGGCCCUUGGGAAAGCCGACCGCUCUGAUCCAUAUCGGGCCGCCCAAGACGGGGACGACGUACAUCCAAAGGGUCCUGUUGGCGUACCGGGCCAAACUCCUCGGAAUGAAUAUGGUGUACUACGUGCCGCCGGUGGAGGGACGUCACCCGGAAGCGCAUCAUUUUCUUUUGCAUCCAGAACGAGACGAGACCGCAAUGACAGCCUUCAAGGAUAAGCUCAGCGAGGCAGUGGCUAAAGGCCAGCACGUGAUCGUCAGCUCCGAGGCGCUUUCCCUCAUGAGUCCAAAGUUGAUGUCGUCGCUGAAAUCUUUAUUUCCUAAGUUUAACAUCAAGGUGGUGCUCACUCACCGGCCAUUCCUCGGUCGGGAGUGGUCUCAGUACAAGCAGCACCUCAGUCAACACAACCCCCCCCAAAUCGGCGUAUCGUUCGCCGAAUUUUAUGGGAAGGUAUCCCGAUCAGAGACAGAUGGCACAGGAUUCUGCGGGCGUGUCGCCAGCAAGUAUAUUCAAGAAUUUGGCCGUGACAGCGUUUUCAUAUUAGAUUUUCUGGGGGCACAGAACGACGGCGACAUUGUGAAUAUGCUGCUGUCUGCCGUCGGUUUACCGACUUUCGAGGAGCCGCUCGAACAAGUCCACCUCGGGCCAGGAUUGGCUUCCGACCAGGUUGUUUAUUUCCAAAUGUGGUACUUACUCGGGGAAUACAUGCGCGAGCAUCACCAUUGCAAAUUGGAGGCGCCGCCGAGGCAAGAGCUCGUACACAAGGUUGAUGCGAUGUUCAAGCACCACACCAUGCCGAAGAAGUGUUUGGACAUGGAGCCGAUGAAGAAAUAUGCACUCAAAAUGGAUGCCAAUUUCCGAGUUGCGUUUGGAGACCGCAUUUUGCACUUCCGCCCAGAUUUGUCAGAUAAUGAGACUACACAUUUCAAGCAGAUCUGCGAGCUAGACCACCAGAUUGUCAGGAUGGACUGGAAUGAUGCGUUCGAGAAGCACGCCGAAACUCUUUUGAGCAACUCAUGCCAGAAGCAGUAGAAGCGGUGACCAGAUCGAGUUGCACCUCAGGAGCGUCCGGUCGAGUGCAGCUGGAGGAGCCCCCGAAAAAUCGGAAUGAGAAUUCAUAGGACGUAUCGAUCAUUUGCUUCACGUGUCAUAGUGAAAUGGAGAGUCGAACAUGGCACAUGUGAGUGAGAGCAGCCUGCGGUUGCCAGGACGUACUGCCCGAAUGUCCGUGCUCAGUUUUAACCCCGAAUGUCCGUGCUCAGUUUUAACCCCGAUUCUGUGCGGCAUGUUUGACACAGAUAUGAUGUUUACCCUUUCUGGGCCAAAAUGCUGCCGCCGGUGCGAGAGAAUCCAGUGACGUGUACAAAGUGCACGUAGAAGGUAACUGCGCUUCGAUAUAAGCUGUUUUCGGCCCGUGAAGGCCGCAAAGUUUACGGCAGUAAUGUAUCACGCACAGCCGCGGAACAGAAGAAGCCGGUGCACCCGGCACCCGGCACCCGGCACCACCAGAUCAGAACCUGCCUGGUGCCAGUGAUAUAACCUUUAGCAACGCUCUCGGCCGUCGGGCGGGCAACCGCACGAUAGUCGGAGCGAGUUGCCCUGACAUCUUGUG